UAGAAUGAGGGCCUUCGUCAUCCAGGACUCUUGGAGCCGGCGCUAACCAGUGGUCCGACCCGAACCUUACCCCUCUUCAUUCUUGCACAACACACCAAAUUUCCAGCCAUUUUCCUCUUCGCCGUCUAGGUUUUACCAAACAUCCCUUUCUUCUUGCUCUUCUAGAUCGUCUGUCCCAAGCAAGAAGGAACCACAACCACGCGUACCACAGCUCCUUUAACAAUAUGCUUGGCCCUCGCUCUUCUUCAACGAUCUCCACAGCGUGCUCUUCUCGUUGACGAUCCGAUACGCCGACACUGCUUUUUACUGCGCACGCUAUUCUCGACCAACAUCUGAAGCGGCCUCUGAGUUCUCUCCGCCAUGUCAAGAUUCUUGGCAAUUGGUAGCGUAAAAAGAGUUUCAAAAUCACUACAUAAAAAUUGGAGUAGUACCAGUCAAGAUGGAAGGGAAUAUGGAAUGCUCAUUAAGGAUGGACAGCAUUCUCCUCUUUACAGAUUUUACCAGCAAUGUACACAUUCUGCUAGAGGAUAUAAUUCGUUCACGGCAUACAGCAUAAAAAAUGGUCUAUCAGGCAAUUUUCCCAAAAAAUACCCAGCCAAUUCAGCAAAUAAUACUAUUGCACAUAAUGCCCAACGUGCUUGGAAGAGCUUCUUCCAGAGAUCAUUGUCUAAGGGGUGGACUUCUCUCCCUAUAAGUAAAAGUGCUCAAGCUGUUAGCUUGGCCUUGACCCGCUCAUAUGUGAUUGUUCCUGGAAUUUUUGCCAUAGUAUGUGGAAGAAAUAUUGCAUUGGCACGGGCACCAUCUGACAUGGAUUUCAUCCAUCCAAAGAAUACAUUCUACAUGCAUGCUCAAGAUGGUCAUGCUAUCUUCACACAGUUGGUCCUUUCAAUAUUUGAAUGCGUUGUUUUAUUGUUAAGAGCAAUUUAUUUGACAAUACUCUUCACACCUUGCAUAGCAUUGGCUCCAUUUGCUGAUACUUUUGGACCUCACUUCCGGAAAAUGUGGCUAGAGGUUGUUCAUCAGACACUUGAAAGAGCUGGGCCAGCAUUUAUAAAGUGGGGCCAGUGGGCAGCUACACGACCGGAUCUGUUCCCUAGUGAUUUGUGUACUGAGCUGUCAAAGCUUCACACUAAGGCACCUGAGCAUAGCUUUGCGUAUUCAAAAAAAGUGAUUGAGAAAGCAUUUGGUCGUAAAAUUUCUGAAAUUUUUGAUGAUUUUGAGGAAACACCUGUAGCAUCAGGAAGUAUAGCUCAGGUUCAUCGAGCUACAUUGAAGUAUCAAUAUCAUGGUAGGGAGAUUAAGCCCAUUGAUGUGGCUGUCAAGGUUAGGCAUCCUGGAGUUGGUGAAUCUAUUAAAAGAGACUUUGAAAUAAUUAAUUUGGUUGCUAAAACAUCGAAGUUCAUGCCUGCUCUAAAAUGGUUGAGACUGGAUGAAAGUGUCCAGCAAUUUGCAGUUUUUAUGUUGUCCCAAGUAGAUCUUGCAAGAGAGGCUUCUCAUUUGAGUCGUUUCAUUUAUAAUUUCCGGAGAUGGAAGGAUGUCUCUUUUCCUAAGCCUGUAUAUCCUCUAGUGCAUCCUGCAGUACUGGUAGAAACUUUUGAGCAAGGGGAGUGUGUGUCACACUAUGUUGAUGAUCUGGAGGGGAAUGAGCGACUUAAGAGCGCUCUUGCUCACAUUGGGACCAAUGCACUUCUCAAAAUGCUUCUGGUAGACAACUUUAUGCAUGCUGAUAUGCAUCCUGGGAAUAUUCUAGUACGGGUACAUCAGAGCAAGUCAUCCCGGAGACGUAUCUCCAAAAUUAAGCCUCAUGUCAUUUUCCUUGAUGUAGGCAUGACUGCUGAACUUUCUAAAAAUGAUAGAGGAAAUUUAAUAGAAUUUUUCAAGGCUGUUGCCACCCGAGAUGGCCGCACAGCAGCUGAGUGCACAUUGAAAUUAUCAAAGAAGCAGGACUGCCCUGAUCCAGAUGCCUUCAUUAAGGAAGUGAAGGAGUCAUUUGAUUUUUGGGGUACUCCAGAAGGUGAUCUAGUCCAUCCUGCAGACUGCAUGCAUCAUCUACUUGAGCAAGUUAGGCGUCAUCAAGUAAACAUCGACGGAAAUGUCUGUGCUGUGAUGGUGACAACUUUAGUCCUGGAGGGUUGGCAGCGGAAACUUGAUCCUGAUUACGACAUAAUGCAUACACUACGUACACUGCUGCUCAAAGCUGACUGGGCAAAGUCACUAGCAUACACAAUUGAGGGAAUUAUGGCCCCAUGAGAAGAACUCCCAGUCCAGAUUAGUACAAACAAUUUUCUUAGGAAAAGUUUGCCUUUUAUAACAUUUUAGUUCAUAAAACUGUCACCCAGGCUCUGAACUGUGGCAAGAAUUUUGUUAGGAAAAGUCUUACCUUGUAUUUAGCUUUUUGAUUCACAAAGCUGUCAACUCGGCUUAUAAUUGUGUCAAGAACGAAAGAGAUUCUUGAGAAAGGUAUUCACAAAUGUAAUUGUUUAAUUCUUCAAUAUUCUGGACUAAGAGAAGUAUACAUAAAUGAAACUUGCCUAUGUACA